AUGCAUACUUUUAGCCUGCUUUCCCUUAUACUUGCCUGCCGUCUGGCCGCUGGCCAUCCUGGUGAGGACCAUGCGGCUGAGUUGAAGGCCCGCGGAGAAUUUCUGCAGAACCAUGUAACCAACUUGGAUCACUGUGCUCAAGAACUAGAGGCCUCUGGUGUCAUGAAGCGCGGCAUACAGCGCAGAUUGCACAUGGUCAAUAGGCUACGCGAAAAGCGUGGGUUGGAACCCCAGAGAGAUGACAAGCAAUCCAGAGACUGGGGUGCCAUGGAGGCGUCCCAUGCAUCACUCUUCAAGACAACCGCGUCAUGCGUUUUGGCCCCGGAAGAAAUGGUUGGACCUUAUUAUGUCGCCGGCGAGAGUGUGCGGUCCAACAUUGUCGAAACCCAACAGGGCAUUCCUAUGGAGAUUGACGUUCAAUUUAUCGAUGCAACCACCUGCCGGCCGGUGGAAGGGAAAUAUGUCGACGUUUGGCAGGCCAAUUCCACUGGAGUUUACGGCGGCGUCAUCAACCGAGAAAACGGCAAUGGCCCGGCCGACCCAAACAACCUAAAGAAGACCUUCCUCCGAGGUGUUCAAAAGACUGACAACGAUGGGGUUGUAAAGUUCUCUACACUAUUCCCUGGCCAUUACGCCGGGCGCACCAUUCACAUUCACGUCAUGUUACACCCCAAUGCUCGGCCCUAUCCCAAUGGCACCAUUAUCGACACUACUGCUGCCUAUGUAGGUCAGAUGUAUUUUGACCAAGACCUCAUCUACUCUGUUGAAAACCUCCAUCCAUAUGCGCAGAACCCCAACCCUCUGACACUGAAUGAUCAAGACUUCAUUUUACGGCAAGAUUUGUGGCAAGGUGGUAACCCAUAUAUGCAAUACAAGAUGAUAGGCAAUCGCCUAGAAGAUGGAAUUCUGGCAUGGCUAAGCUAUGGUAUCAAUCCUGCAAAGCGCAGUCGCGUUACGCCAGUUGCAACGCGAAAGGGCAACCUACCGCGGGAGACGACAGACAUGCAGAGGAAUGAGAUGUAG